GAGUGCUAUAGAAGAAUUAUCUCUAUUGAGUAACCUUACACAAUUCUCUUCUAGCAUAUUGCUGAACAAAUGGCAGAGGCAACAACAAAUAAACUUGUAGAGAAAUCUCAAGUUGCUCCAGUUACAACCAAAACCACGUCUCUUCCCCUAUCAUUCCUGGACUUAACUUAUACAGGUUCUCGUUACUAUGUGAGACGCCAAUUCUUCUAUGACUUUCCCCAUCCCACACACAUUUUCUAUGAAACUAAACUCCCCUCUCUCAAACACACACUCUCUCUUACCCUUCAACAUUUUUACCCUCUCGCUGGAAAUCUCCUUUGUCCCCCACCACCCCACAAACCCUUCAUUCGCUGCACCGAUCAUGACUCUGUCACCUUAACUGUCACUGAGUCCCAAGCUGAUUUCAACCUUCUCUCAUCCAACCACCCCAAAAGUCUCAAAGAUUUGGGUAAAUUGGUUCCCAACUUGUCAUGCACAACUGUGCCUAAUGACACGUUCGUUUCCCCAUUGUUGGCCCUGCAAAUCACGGUUUUCCCCAACUGUGGCCUUUGCAUCUCGAUCACGUAUUGCCAUGCAAUCAUGGAUGGUAGGUGUUGCUGUUAUUUCAUGAAGUGUUGGUCUUCCAUUUGUCGAAGUGGUGGAGUUGAUUUGACACUUUUGGAGAUCUCACCGCCAUGCUUUGAUAGGGAAGUGUUGAGAGACACCAAAGGACUCGAGGCCAUUUUCUUGAGAGACUACUUUGAAGCAAGGUCGACAUGGAAGGUUGGUCCAAUUCCUAAACAUGGAAUUGAUGAUGAGGGCUAUGUUAAGGCAACGAUUACUUUUGGAAGAGAUGAUAUUGAGGCCAUGAAAAAAUGGGCGUUGAAUCAGUGGAAAAAAGAUGAUAAAUUUCAAGCGCCGCAAUAUCUAUCAAAAUUUGUGGUGACGUCUGCUUUCUUGUGGGUUAGCUUGGUUAAAGCAAAAUAUAGAAACGACAACGAAGAAGAACAAGUAGAGAUGAUAGAGGACUACUUCCGUUUUGCAGCAGAUUGUAGAGAUCGCCUUGAGUACCCGAUACCAGCGACUUACUUUGGAAAUUGCUUGGCGAGAUGUUAUGUAGGGCUGAAGAGAAAGGACCUAAAGGGAGAAGGUGGUUUUGUGAACGCAGUGAAGGCCAUUGUAAGGACAAUAGCUGAUAUGAAAACUGAACCUCUGAAAGGUGCAGAAAAUUGGAAGGAAUUGUUUAUAAAGACGUUUCUACCGGGACGUUUAGUGUUAGUUACAGGAUCACCUAAGUUCAAUGUUUACGAGACUGACUUUGGAUUUGGAAAACCUACCAAAGUCGACGUUGCACAUUCCAGUAUGUUUUUGUCUUUUGUCGAAAGUAGAGACAAAGAAGGAGGAUUAGAGGUUGGCUUGGUAUUUAGAAGUGAGGAAUUUGAAUAUUACAUUACUGUCAUUGAGCAAGGACUUGUAACAUUAAAAUCUUAAAUAAUUGUGUGCGUUGUUCGACAAAGGGCAACAUGCAGUAUUGCUACUUUAAGUUUUAUUUAGGAUUUGUAGUUCAUGGUGAUGAUAGUUAAAAUAUGUUGUAGUAUGCUGUUGACACUUUGGAAUAAAAAAUAUGGUGAUGGUAUAAUAUUUGAACCUUAUUAUAUGAAAAAGAUGUGGAGUGCUCUGACAAGAAGGCUCCAAUGGAGAAUCUUAGAUGCGGAGAGGUAUUUUAUGCACAGGCUGUGAAGACAAGGUUGGAUGGAGAGUUAUAUUUUGUGUUGGCAUUGAUGAUUUGAGACCUUAGUUUAUGAGGUAAUUACUGGUUGUCAUUUU